CUAUUUAAAGCCGGCCAAGACCCCGAGCGCGGCCCCUUCCCUCCCCCAGCGCCCUCGACCGGACCCGCUGGACUUUCCUCCUGGCAACGGGGCGGCCAUGAGCGCUCGGGCGGCGGCGGGGCCCAUCUUCGCGGAGGGCGAGGAUUGCCGGGCGGCGUGGCGGGAGGCGGCGGCCGGCUACGAUGCGCCCGACGCCCACCUGGAGAUCCUGGGGAAGCCGGUGAUGGAGCGCUGGGAGACCCCCUACAUGCACUCGCUGGCGGCCGUGGCCGCCUCGAGGGCCGCCCUCUCGUCCCCAGGCGGCCGCGUGCUGGAGGUGGGCUUCGGCAUGGCCAUCGCCGCCAGCAAGGUGGAGGAGUUCGCCAUCGAGGAGCACUGGAUCAUCGAGUGCAACGAGGGCGUUUUCCGGCGGCUGGAGGAGUGGGCCAGGACGCAGCCCCACAAGGUCGUGCCCCUGAAGGGGCUGUGGGAGGACGUGGUGCCGACGCUGCCCGACGGGCAUUUCAGCGGGAUCCUGUACGACACCUACCCGCUCUCGGAGGAGACCUGGCACACGCACCAGUUCGCCUUCAUCAAGGACCAUGCCUUCCGCUUGCUGCAGCCCGGUGGGGUCCUCACCUACUGCAACCUGACCUCCUGGGGGGAGCUGCUGAAGACCAAGUACACCGACAUCGAGAAGAUGUUUGAGGAGACCCAGGUGCGGCACCUGGUGGAGGCCGGGUUCAAGAAGGAGAACAUCAGCACGAAGGUGAUGGACCUGGUCCCCCCCAAGGACUGCAGGUACUACUCCUUCCACAAGAUGAUCACACCCACCAUCGUCAAGCACUGAGGGCGCCCAGCACCAUCCCUCCCCGGAGCCGCGGGAAGCGAACCCUAACGAGGAGAGACUGAUUACGUGCGCUGCCAGGAGGAGGAAAGCUCUUCUCUCCUUUGACGCUAAUGAAAGAAGAUCGAAGCCGAUUUAUCCGGAGGCAGGAGAAAGCUGGAGGCUUGGGAUGGAAGUCCUGGGUCUUCAGGGGACCUCCUGGACAAAAGGACUCCCUGCCCCAUCAGGGUUGUCACCAGGUUGUCACCAGCUCCAUGCAGCCCCCUGCCCUGGGGAGGGGUCCCAGAGGCCCCGCUCGAGACGCCAAAUAUCAAUUAAGCUGCAAUUCAAGAGCAUCGCCCCGAGCCUUCAGCCCAAGGGGCCGGAGGACGAGAUGUUUCCUGGAAAAGCUGCAUCAUUUUUAGAAAUCACGGGGUCCCCAAAGCCAAAUAAUCUAAACCAGGGGGGAGAAACGGGGAGGAGGGGGCAGCUGGAGGCAUUUUGCUGGAAGGGGAUUUCGGCUGCUCCCGCAGCCGCUCCCCGGUGAAGUUUCCCCGUCCCUUUGGCUAAAGCCCAGCGUGGCAAAGUCCCGAUUCCGACGACCUCCUUGCAGUUCCAUGGCACAUAAAUGAUGUUUUCUCUCUCUGCCCAGAAGAGCUAAAAUCCAUUAAAAAGGAAUGAAAUACACAA